GUCACUUUUAAUUAUCCAUGCUAAAUGCCCUAGGACGAUGCAGACUGCGGACGGCUCUGUAGGGUAGCCCACGGAGACGGCUCUUGCUUAUCGGGCCACCAGUGAUCACGAGUCCACGACUCCGUCUCACUCGUAGCUGACCUCAACUUUCACAGACCACAACCAUCCCCACCAGAGAUGGCCUCUUCUUCUUCAGACGCGUCUGUCGCUGCCUUCUCUUGCACCGAAUGCAAGAACCGCAAGGUGAAAUGUGACCGCGCUCAGCCGUGCUGCGCUCGAUGCAUCCGCGACAAUGCGACGUGCGAGUACCCCACCGCGCGAAGGAGGCCGCUCAACAUGCCGUCGCGGCCCAAGAUGAUGGAGCUUGAGCAGCGCGUGCACGAGCUGGAAGGCAAGCUCAGGGAGAAGGAUGCCGCCGAGAGCGUUGCGUCGAGUAGACUUGGGAGCAGCCCGGGGAUGGCGCUGGUUGGCACAGGGCGAUAUGAGCAGCUGCCUCCUCAAUCGCUGAUCGAGGAACUCACCAACUCCUACUUCAUGACGCUCUGGCCCGACACUCCUAUGCUGCAUCCCUCUCGAUACAUCAGCUCGCUGUACAUGCCUGCUCACAUGCAGCCUCCCAUGUGCUUGCAGUAUGCCGUGCUUGCGCGUGGCGCAGAGGUUUCGGCAACGCAGAAGCACAUGGCGGAGCCCCUUUACCGGAGAGCGAGACACUACCUGGAGGAGGAUGAGAUGAGGGAUGAAAGCAGCAUCAUCAGUCUGGCACAUUGCCAGGCCUGGCUGCUGCUGUCCGCAUUCGAGGCCCAGAACUUCUGGUUCACACGCGCCUCCAUCAGCUGUGCAAGAGCUGUCCGCCUGUCGCAGAUUCUGGGGUUGCAAACCGUGGACGGCGUAGCACUGAACCAGACACUAUUGCCACCUCGAGACUGGUGCGAGAGGGAGGAGAGGCGACGGACCAUGUGGACCAUGUUCGCCCUGGACCGGGGAAACAGUGCUACAGCGACCUGGCCAGUCCUUAUUGAUGUGGAUCGCAUCAUGACCCAUCUGCCCAGCACGGAGCUGGCAUACCAGAACAGCAUGGAGGAACCGUCUGUCUCGCUGUCGCACGCGCUCACCUACGGCCUGGGCGGGCUGUCUGCAUUUGCCUGUCGCGUUGUGGCCAGCCAUCUGUUCCACGAGUGCAUCGACUUGGGCAACAAGCCAAUGUCAGAGGGCCUACCCGACGAGAUCAAGGCGACGCUCUUCUGGGGAAGCUUCAACCAUCUGGACAGCAGUCUAGCCACGGCAUUCAGCACGCUGCCCCCUCACCUCAGCUGUCCCGAGAACACACACGACAACAACGCUGUCAUUAUCAGUCUCCAGCUUUGCGCCGCUAUGAUCAGUCUGUACAGAGGGACUCUGGGGAAACCGCGACACGAGACGACGCCGCUAUACAACUUCAACGAGAAGACGCUCGAGCCAGCGCAGACGAUUGUGACCACGGUCGCCCUGGCCGUCGACGUCAACGCACGCUUCCGGUCGCCCCUGGUGGCCUUUGCUGCUUUCCUGGCGGGCUUCGUGUACCUGAAGCACUACCUCGAGACCAAGGACACGGCAAGUCUGCACAAGCUCUUGGCGCUGCUGGACGUGAUGAUUGCGGUGGGCCAAGAGAACCCCGGAUUCCCAGGGUCUUUGGCCGUGCAGAUGGCCAGGGAGCUCGAGUCCCUUGGGAUUGACCCAAUGGCCAUGGAGAAGGUGAGGGUGCUGACGGAGCGGAUGGGCGACGACGCACCUAUCCUGGGCAAGGAAGUCGGAGGCACCCUUGUCUUUUGUCCGAUGGUAGUGAGGAAGGGGCCUGCUGGGUCGACGCCAGGCUCGAACGUUUGAUACGUGGAGGGCGAGUUCGCCAGAAUCUUGCUGUAAUCGAAGAGAUGCAGCAGUCUGCCAGUCAGUAGGGCUGAGCGCAGGGCGGUCCACUUGUAAGACGGCGAUGACUGUGAAGCAUCCUGGUUGAGUCGAUGGGGUCGAGUAAUGCAGCCUCUGCAGGGGUCCCCACGCCAGGGCCCAGGCAGUGUCUGCCUCGCCGCGUCAGCGCCAUUCAGAAGCAAUCCUUCUCGAUUUGGUUGGCUGGGAUUUGGAUCAAAAGGACUUCUUGAUGAUGGCGAUCGAUGUGCUGCGGUGGCAUGUGGAGAUAUGGACGAGGAAGACAUGGACUUGGCUGCUCGCCGAUGAGUAACUCACCGCACCGGCAGCCUGGGGCUGUUAAUCAG